AUGGGAAUAUUCAGAUUAUGCUGUAUAUUGCCAGUUGCUAUCAGAGUUUUUUUUUCCACUUCUUAAGCUGUGGUGAAAGAAAGACUCCAGCAAACUGUGCUCUUUCUCUUUCAGAGUGGUUUCAGGUUGUUGGUCCAGCUGUUCCUGUGUUUGUUUUCCCUGGUGAAGACACUGUUCUGCCCUGUUACCUCUCACCGGGCAUCAGUGCUGAGGAUCUACAGAUCGGGUGGUUUAGAAAUGAUUACACAGCUCCUGUGUGUUUGUACCAGAACCACGGGUAUAUAUUUGAGGAUCAGAUCCCAUCAUACAGGGGAAGAGCUGAACUUUUCCCAGAGGAGCUCUUCAAAGGCAACGUGUCUCUGAGACUGAGAGAUGUGAGGCGCUCUGAUCAUGGGCUCUAUAACUGCCUGGUUCGAUCUCCUCAGCAUUUUGAAAUAGCUCUUAUUGACCUGAGUGUUAGAGGAGAGAGGGGGUGUGGUCGGCUGCCAAGGCAAUUCUCCACUAUGGCGCUACUUUUAUUCAAAUUACUCGGAAUAAAAAAUAGCUAUUCUUUCUGCUUUCCAGGAGAUUAUUUCCCUGCUCCCUCUGGCUGGAUGGUGGCUCUCUUCCUAACAGCAGCUGUUACUGUAGCAGCAUCAGUACUUCUGGUGAUCCAGUGGAGAAGAAUGGACAAGCAGGAGGCACUGUGGAAAUCUGAACUAUAUUAUAUUAUGGCAGUAUAUGGAAUUCCAGUCGUUCGUGCAGAAAUCGAUGCUGUGAAGCGAGCUCCUAUCCCUAAAUCACAAUGGCAGUGGAUCUGCAGUGCUGCAGCUGCUGUGACUCUGGACCCUGAUACAGCUCACUGUGAGCUCAGCCUGUCUGAGGAUGGGAAGAGAGUGAGACUGGGACAGACGAAGAGUCUCUCUGACAAACCUCACAGAUUUGAUUCCUGGCGCUGUGUCCUGAGCAGGGAGGCCUUCACCUCAGGGAGACACUACUGGGAGGUGGAGGUGAACAACAGCUGGAGAAUAGGAGUGACCAGAGAGUCUGCACUGACGAAAGGGAGGUUCAUCUUCUCUCCCCAGCAGGGUUACUGGUGUCUGUACUCUUACCUUCAUGAUUUCUAUGCUCUCACUAGACCUUUGACUGAUCUCAACCAAAGUCUGCAGCCCAGGAAGCUGGGGGUGUGUGUGGAUAUUGAGGAGAGGAAGGUCUCCUUUUACACAGUGGAGUCCAGAGCUCAUCUCUACACUUUCACUGACAUGGUCUUCCCUCAGGGGGAGAAGAUCUAUCCUGUCUUCUGGACCUUGGAUGAGUGUAAAGACCUUGUGCUGCUGCCUGCUGUCAGUCUGGAAAUUUAACCUGUUACUGACUCAUGAACACAGGCUGACUGUCUCCCAGCUCUUUGUCUCACUAG